AUGUACCCGUGUAGCUCGAUCGCGCUUGUCACUCUGACGAAGCCGCCGGCCGAACUCAACCUGAAGUGGAUUGACGAGUCCUGGGCUGAUGUGCCCAAGGAGAUGGUGAGGAAGGAGUUCCUCACAUGUGGCAUCUCCAACGCCGAGUUGGAGAUGAUGGAGGACGCGACGGAGGAUGAACUGGUUCCCAACCCGUUCUACCCGGCCCCCGCGGUCAUUCCCCCGUAUGCGACCGUCGAGGCAGAGGAGGAGGCCGUGUUGGCAGCAGAAGCAGCCAAAGCUGAUGAGGAGGCUUUACCUCCUAACUCAGACUCUAGCGAGUCUGGCGAUGGUCUCGCGGGCAACCGAGACGAGUGGAGCGACGAAGGGGACGAGUGGUGGGCCCCUGGUCGUUAUGAGGGGGAAGAGGUGGACGAGUGGGUGGCAGGUGACGACGAGGACUAG